AUGGCAGACUAUGGUCUGCCCGACUCUCGCUAUUAUGGUGCAAGACCACCUCCUCCACAGCAUGGAGGUCCCGCCGAUCAAAGAGAUACCGCCUUUCAUAAUAUAUUUGGAGGCGCUCCCCCUCCAGGGAGAUCCCAGACAAUGACAACACAGUCUGCGGCUGGCAUGUACGAUCGACUGCCCAGCAUGAGUACCCAACAACAACAACACCACCAGCAUACCAUGUCCAUGAGACAGGGCCCUCCUCCGCACAUGCGUCAGAUGCCUCAAUCCUACGAUCGAUCCAACGGCAUUGCUCCGGGCCAGCCUUAUGCCAAUGGCGCAAACACUACAAGAACAGCACCACAUAAUCCCGCGCCAAUGUUCCCUGACCGUCGACCUUAUCCUCCGCCUCAGCGGAUAGAUAUGCGGCCCGGUGCCUCCUCUUCCAUGUCCAUGUCGACCUACGACCGGAAACCCGUUCCCAACCGAAUGCCUCCUCCAGCAUUGAAUAAUGAUGGAUAUAGGUCGCGGUCGAUGGUGAGGCCGGGGGAGCCGACCAUAGGCUAUCGCCCGCCACCCAGCAGCUUCCAGCAGGGUACCGCCAGUGCUUUUAGACAGCAGCCUUAUGCAGGAAUGGGUAUGGGUGGUCCAAGGACAACAGCCCAGGGCAGACACAUACCUGAAAGAGUCGAUGGCGAUAGAUCCAUGUCGAUGGGGUCGUACGCUUUGGAUCGAGAUCAUACCCAGCAGUUGACAAGUGGGAGAGUCGUUCCUCAUCGUCGCCGAGAAUCAGAAUCAGACCCUUUCGCAGAUCAUUAUGCGUCUCCUAAUGGUUCCUUUAGCUCCACUAACUCUCCAGCAUACGGCGUCACCCCGCGGUCACGGCGCCCUAGUGAGGGAAGUAACCCCCCCCGCGCUGUAUCCGCCGCUUCUGCCGCCUCAGCUUCGUCUGACUUCACAUCGACAACCACCAUGAACGGCCCUCGCAACGACAGUAUGAUUAAUAGGCCGACAGGCUCGGCUCAUUCGUCAGCUAGCCAGACCACGACUGUUGUUCAAAGAAAGUCCCCCCUUGUCUAUCCUGCCCUGCUGUCACGUGUUGCCAGCGCUUUUCAAGAGAGAAUCGGCGUCGGCGACAGAAGCAAGAAUGAUCUCUCAUACAAGAACGCCUUUACAGGUGCCGAGGCCGUCGACUUGAUCGCCUACAUCAUCAAGACGACUGACAGAAACCUUGCUUUGCUUCUUGGACGAGCACUCGACGCCCAAAAGUUCUUUCACGACGUAACCUAUGAGCAUCGGCUGAGAGACGCCCCCGGAGAAGUCUACCAGUUCCGAGAGACAAUGGGGGAAGAGGCGUCAUCCAAAGAUGUCAACGGUGUCUUCACCUUGCUGACAGAGUGUUACUCUCCAACUUGCACAAAAGAUCACCUCUGCUACUCUAUUGCGUGUCCUCGGCGGCUGGAACAGCAAGCGCGCCUGAAUCUACGGCCCCAGCCCGGAUUGCGACAUUCCAACUCGAGAGGAAGCUUACACGGCGACGAGGACCAGGAGCAGAAGCUCUGGAUUAACAGCGUUCCCAAGGAGGUUGCAGACAAGAUUGAUGACAGAGAAAAGAAGAGACAGGAAGUCAUCUCAGAAAUCAUGUACACAGAGCGUGACUUUGUCAAGGAUUUGGAAUAUCUCCGUGAUUUCUGGAUACGACCACUUCGUGGUGCCGGCAAUGUCAUGUCUCCCAUCAAAGAAGAGAGGCGGGAGAAAUUUGUCCGCACCGUCUUCGGUAACUGUCUGGAGGUCCUGGCAGUGAAUGGCCGAUUUGCGGAGGAGCUAUCGAAGAGGCAGAAAGAGCAACAUGUGGUACACUGUAUUGGUGACAUCUUCAACAGAUUUGUCCCGCAGUUCGACCCUUUCAUCAAGUAUGGCGCGAAUCAGAUGUACGGCAAAUACGAAUUUGAGAAAGAGAAAGGCGCCAACCCAGCCUUUUCACGGUUCGUUGACGAAACUGAGCGCCUGAAAGAGUCCAGAAAGCUCGAGCUGAACGGUUACCUUACCAAACCAACGACGCGAUUAGCCAGGUAUCCACUCCUGUUGGACAAUGUAUUGAAGUAUACCAAGGAUGACAAUCCGGACAAGAAGGAAAUUCCCAAAGCCAUUGGUCUUAUCAAGGAUUUCCUGGCCCGAGUCAACGCAGAAAGUGGCAAAGCUGAGAAUCACUUCAAUCUACUUCAGCUGAAUUCACAGCUCAAGUGGAACGCAGGAGAGUACACGGAUCUGAAACUUACUGAAGAGAACCGCGUUAUUCUGACCAAGAUGAGCUUCAAGAAGUCUCCCACCGACAGCGCAGAAGUUCAAGUGUACCUCUUUGAUCAUGCGGUUCUCAUGUGCCGUGUCAAGAAUGUCAACAAACGAGAGGAGCUUCGAGUAUACAGGAAGCCGAUUCCGCUAGAGCUCCUCGUUAUUGCCGAGAUGGAUCAAGUUAUUCCCCGCCUCGGCCUCGCAAAGCGCUCCUCGUCCAGUCUCAUACCCGGCACAAAACCAUCCGCAUCAAGCACUCCAGGUCAGAAAGAAGUGUAUCCCAUUACCUUCCGGCAUCUGGGAAAAGGUGCAUAUGAACUUCAACUGUAUGCUACCUCCAUCACCCAACGCAAAAAGUUUAUUGAGCUAGUGGAAGAGCAGCAAAGCAAACUUCGCGACCGAAGCAGUGCCUUCUACACCAAGACCAUCUUGUGCGAAGGUUUCUUCAAUGCUCAGAAUCGGGUCAACUGUCUAGUGCCAACAGAUGGAGGUCGCAAGCUCAUUUACGGUACUGAUAAUGGGAUCUAUAUCGCUGAUCGAUGGCCAAAGGACAAGUCCGUCAAACCGAGGCGCAUUCUCGACGCCACCCAAGUUUCACAAAUCGACACGCUGGAGGAAUACCGACUCCUCCUGGUGUUGUCAAACAAAACGCUUACUUCAUAUCCAUUUGACGCAUUGGAUCCGAAUAAUCAGAAUCCACUGGCGACAAGACCGCGCAAGAUCCAGGGCCAUUCCAAUUUCUUCAAAGCUGGAAUCGGAUUGGGACGACAUUUGGUGUGCUCUGUGAAGACGUCGGCACUAUCCACUACCAUCAAGGUGUACGAGCCUAUGGACGAUCUUACUAAGGGUAAGAAGAAGCCGGCAAUCAGUAAGAUGUUUGCCAGCGGCCAAGACGCUCUGAAGCCAUUCAAGGAAUUCUACAUCCCCGCCGAGUCGACCUCGGUACACUAUCUGCGCUCUACACUCUGCGUCGGCUGUGCUAGAGGCUUCGAGGUUGUCUCGUUAGAAACCACCGAACGACAAUCCCUGCUAGACCAGGCAGAUACGUCGCUUGACUUUGUGACGCGCAAAGAGAACGUCAAACCCAUCCACAUCGAACGUCUCAAUGGCGAAUUCCUGCUCAAUUAUUCCGACUUUAGCUUUUUUGUUAACCGCAACGGUUGGCGUGCAAGGCAGGACUGGAAGAUCACGUGGGAGGGAACCCCACAAGCGUUUGCACUGAAUUAUCCGUACAUCCUGGCGUUCGAGCCGAGUUUCAUCGAGAUACGGCAUAUUGAGACGAGCGAGUUGAUUCAUGUGAUGACGGGCAAGAACGUGAGGAUGUUGCAUUCGAGUACGAGAGAGAUUUUGUACGCUUACGAAGACGAGACCGGUGAGGAUGUGAUCGCUAGUCUUGACUUCUGGACCCAGGCUCAAGGUCAAGGUAGUUAG